UCUUCAAAUUCAAUUUUCACACAUCACCAAUACAAGAGGAAGAGAGACGAAGAAGAAGAAGAGAAUAGCAGCUCCAAAAAUGGAGUUCUGGCACAAAGCCCAGAGUUUCGCCGAGGAAGCUACGAAGCGCUCGCAGGAGCUCGCCAGGGACGCCGCUCGCCGGACCCACGAACUCGCCGCGGGAGCUCCCAAUCUCUCAGACAUCGUCUCUGAGGCCUCCAAGCGCGCCGACCUUAUCCGCUCCGAAGCCCUCAAGCGCGCCCAAAACCUCAAGUACUUCGCCUCCACGACGGAGCCUCUUCCUUCCGAUAACGAUCUCGACACCUUCGGAGUCACCGAGGAGUUGAGGGACUUCGUACAAGGCAUUACUCCCACCACUUUUAGCGAUUUCCCUCUCGAAGACGAUACGUGGGUGUACGAUGUUGAUACAGUCUCAAAUGUUAGGCAGGAUCUCUCAGAGUGGCAACAAAAACAUGCGAGUCUUGUUAUUUCAACUGUCAAGGAAAUUUCUAAAUUAAGGUAUGAGUUAUGUCCUCGUGUUAUGAAAGAAAGGAAGUUCUGGAGGAUAUAUUUCAUCUUAGUCAACAAUCACGUGGCACCCUAUGAGAAAAAAUACCGGGAGGCUGUUGAGUCAAAAUCAGCUGAACAAAUAAAAGAUAACGGAGUACAGGAGGAACCCAUGAAGGUUGAAACAACUUCCGAAGCAGAAGUCAAGGAAGCAAACCAGCAAAGAAAAACUUCAACCUCAUCGUCUACAGAGCAAGACUUGGAUACCUUUCUCUUGGGAGAUCCUGGAGAUAGUGAUGAUGAUGGUUCAGAUAAUAAUGGCGGUGGUGACUUUGAUGAUGAUUUUGACAAAAUGCUAGAGGGCUUGGAUGAUGACAAGGAUGACUUGUAGGAUGACUGCACAAGUUGUUGAAGCAUUGUUUGAAUUUGCUUCUUCAUCUUGAAGGAUUUUCGCUUUGACGAAUGGGGUUAAUGACAGAUUAUUUACCAAUAUGAUGACUGGAAAGUUGAUGUUAUAACUCCAGAUCACAUUUUGUUUCUUUUGUCUCGUCAUUUUCUGCUAUGGUGUGCAUAAUCCUUUUUCUCUUUUGCCCGUCUAUUUUAUUCCUUCUUUUUUCCUUUGUUUGGUUAGGUGUCAUUUUCUGUAACAUAGUUUUCUUUUUCGGUCAGCUAUUUCUCACAUUUAUGUAUAGUAUCGUUUCUCUUCUCGUUUAUUGUCAACAAAAAAUAUAUAGCUGGAUUCUUAGGGUUUCUCUUGAAAAGGACCUUGAGAAAUCAUUCAUAAUUGCGAUUAUAUUAUAAGAUAAGAAAAA